AUGUCGAGCCACGGCCGUGUUUCGGACGGCGAGAGAAGUCAUGACAGGAAGAGCCCCAUCACGCGGGUGCGGACAGGAUGUUUCACGUGUCGAAAGCGGAAGAAGAAGUGCGAUGAAAAGCGGCCAACUUGUGCCAAUUGCCAAAAGACGGGUGUACUUUGUGAAGGCUUCCCACAACAAGUCCCCUGGGAGGCUCGCGCUGCGGCGAGAAGAUCUGAGAUCGGGAACCAUGGCAUGCCCAGACCCAGUAAUAGUCCUCAUCCAGUAAAUACAGGGUCGCAGCGCUCGGAAUUUGACGUGGCCUGUGUACAGGAUGCUCAGGCAGUUCCAAACCAGAUUCCAUCGAGUCACCAAAACCAGGAGUUCGGGUUCAUAAUUGACCCUCAGUUCGGAAGUGAAUUCGAUCUCGUAUUCGACACGCUCGAAGCCCCCCCUCGAACGGGAACGCAUCAAGAAACAUUCAUCUUCGAUCAGAGCGGGUCGAGCGGUACGGUUAUAGCAAGAGAAAGGGGCUCCAAUCAUCCACAUGAAUGGGCUCUCGUAGAUGGAACGCCCCAGGACAACCAACCUGUCUGGAUACCGAAGGAAAUUCCUUUCGUUAUAUCGGGAGUUGAUACCCCUCUCCACCAACGGCUUUUCUGCCAUUUCACAAAUACCAUGUCUAACCUUCUGACCAUCUCAGUCGGCGAAUGCAAUCCUAUGAAUAAGGUUGUAAUCCCCUUAGCUCUGAAGGAUAGGGCCAUUAUGGACAUGGUCUUGUGCCUGGCGGCCUCUCAUAUCCUGAAACUUGGACAGGGGAAUGGGGAUGAAGAGCUUGGCGCCGAAAAGGCUCGACUUCACCAAUCUGUUGUACAGAUGCAAUCGCAUCGUGUCCAGAUUUGGGAGAGCUCGACCACGAUGCCUCUAGCACAGCCAUAUACCAUUCAAGAUAAGGAAAUAAUAUUCGCCACCUCGGUCUUGCUUUGUUUGUAUGAAAUAUGUAAGGGGAGUGGCGACGAUUCCUGGCGCGUCCACUUAGACACAGCCAGGAGGAUCUUGGUUGAUGCAACCAAAGGGAAAGACCGUCCAUCUGUAGACGGCGACACUCCGACAGCAGGUCCAGUUCAGGAAAGGGCCAUCACGGAAAUCGACCCCUUCUUGAUCGAAUACUUCCUUUAUCACGAUUGUCUUGCCGCUGUCACCGUGCCUUUACUCCCAAUGAACAAGCCGCGCCUUGAGAGCACUGCUGGUCUCGCUGACCACGACCCGACUAUGGUCGGAGUACAGGAUGGGCUCAGCGAAUUCAUCACACGCAUCUCCCUGCUCCGAGCCCAGACAGAUAUGAACUCAGCAAAGCUCGAUGGCAAUAUUAUCUCAAAAGCCGUCAAGAUAUGGGAGGAUCUAGCGAAAUGGAAACCCAAGGGUGCCCUCUCAAUAGAGCGGAAGAUGAUCGCCGAAUUUUACCUGUGGGCAUUGUUCAUCUGGCUCUUCUCGAUCGUGUACCCAGAUGGCAAAGCAGAUCCUAAGGUUCAGGAUGCGGUGAAAAGAAUCGUGGGUGGGAUGCGUAAUAUCAAAUUCGGUGAUGGAGUGAUGUCUUGUUUGCUGUUCCCUCUUUUCGUUAUUGGGUCGGCUGCUAUUGAAGUUGAGGAUAGGGAAGCGAUUUCCGCUCAGUUUCGCAAGCUGAAGGAAUGGAGUUCGCUGGGAAAUAUUGAUCUGACUUAUCGCGUUGUCGAAAAGAUGUGGUUGGAACAUGAUAUGGGCUUGCCAAGUUCUUGGGAUUGGGUCAAACAGCUAGAGACUCAUAAGAUAAGUCUUCUCGUAACGUAA